CGCGCUAAGAGCUGCAGCCGCGAGCGUGAUUGGCCGCGAUAUAGUGGUGAAUUAUGGUAAAUUAUGCUCCUAUGACGAACCCCCCGUCCGCCGCUGGUCUGUGUCCACUGAACACGGUGCGCAACCCCGCGCGCCAGAGAAAGCUCUCUCGUUCUUCAUCACUAUUAUUAAUAUAUUAAUAACGACCUGCCGGCCUCGUCCUACUCUCUCUUCCACACACCUGUACACCUCCAGCUCACUGCAUCAUGGCCCUGUCCCAGACCAUCACUCUCCCGAACGGGAUCAAAUACGAGCAGCCUCUCGGCUUGUUCAUCAACAACGAGUUCGUCAAGGGCGUCGAAGGCAAGACCUUUGAGACCAUCAACCCCCACGACGAGAAGCCCAUUGUCGCCGUGCACGAGGCCACUGAGAAGGAUGUCGACAUCGCCGUCAAGGCUGCCCGUGCCGCGCUCGAGGGCGAAUACAAGAACGUUGCUCCUUCCGUGCGAGGGCGCUACCUAACCAAGCUGGCCGAUUUGCUCGAGGAGAACAUCGAGACCCUGUCGGGCAUUGAGUCCCUCGAUAACGGAAAGUCCCUGUUCUGGUCCAAGGUCGACAUCACCAACGCCGCUGGCUGCAUUCGCUACUAUGGCGGCUGGGCAGACAAGAUCACCGGCCAGACAAUCGACACUGACGCGAAGAACUUCACCUACACCCGCCAUGAGCCCGUUGGUGUCUGCGGUCAGAUUAUCCCAUGGAAUUUCCCAAUGCUGAUGUGGGCGUGGAAGAUUGGCCCCGCUUUGGCGACCGGAAACACCAUUGUCCUCAAGUCGGCUGAACAGACUCCCUUGUCCGCGCUUUUUGCUGCUAGCCUUGUCAAGAAGGCCGGCUUCCCCCCAGGUGUUGUCAAUAUCAUCUCUGGGUUCGGCAAGACCGCUGGCGCUGCCAUCUCGUCGCAUAUGGACAUCGACAAAGUCGCCUUCACUGGCUCCACACUGGUUGGACGCCAGAUUCUCCAGGCCGCUGCCAAGAGCAACUUGAAGAAGGUUACCCUCGAGCUCGGUGGCAAAUCGCCCAAUAUUGUCUUCCCAGAUGCUGAUAUCGAGAAUGCGAUCUCAUGGGUUAACUUUGGUAUCUACUAUAACCACGGCCAAUGCUGCUGUGCGGGCUCGCGUGUCCUCGUCCACGAAGACAUCUACGAUAAAUUCAUCGAGGCAUUCAAGAAGCGUGCCGAGAGCAAUAAGGUGGGAGACCCGUUCGACAAGGAGACCUUCCAGGGUCCCCAAAUUUCCCAACUCCAAUUCGACCGCAUCAUGGGAUACAUUGACGAGGGCAAGAAGGCCGGUGCUAAGGUAGUCACUGGCGGCGAGCGUCAUGGCUCUCAGGGUUACUACAUUAAGCCUACCAUCUUCGCUGACGUUACCAACGACAUGAAGAUCGUCCAAGAAGAGAUCUUCGGACCAGUCUGCACUGUCCAGAAAUUCAAGACUGAGGAAGAAGCCAUCAAGCUUUCCAACACCUCUAGCUACGGUCUCGCCUCCGCCGUGCACACCACCAACCUCAACACUGCUCUCCGUGUCUCGGCCGCCCUGCGCGCUGGCACUGUGUGGGUCAACACCUACAACACGCUGCACUACCAGGUUCCAUUUGGUGGUUACAAGGAGUCCGGUAUUGGCCGAGAAUUGGGCUCAUACGCGUUGGAAAACUACACCCAGAUCAAGAGUGUCCGUGUCUAUCUUGGUGACGCUUUGUUUGGCUAGCCGAUUGUUAAGACUCGUUCUAUUCUAAAGAAAAUUUGUUCUAAGUGUAAUUAUUAAACGAUAUUCCCAUAUUGGCAACGUGAAUAUGAUGAAAUUGCCACGACUAGUGACCAGAUUUAAUAAUAGUCGCAAAAGUAAUUCACAUCAAAAGUAUCAGAUGCA